GUUAAAAAAAAAAUAAAGCGAAGUGAGAAAUCUGGAGCAGGAAUAGAGGAAAUAUAUGUACCGUCUUUGUGGUACUUUCAUGACCUGGCAUUCUUGGAAGAGCAAGAAACACAGAUGACGGGCAUGUCAUCAAUAGAGAUUGAGGAAAAUGGGGACACGACUGUGGAAGACAAUGCACCUUGCGCAAAAAAAGACAAAGAAGAAUUUGGUAAAAAAGAAAAACAACAGUUGCUUAUUAAAGCAGUCAAAGCUUUAGAAGAUUCGACGCGGGCCAAUGAUGAUGCAAGUACCUUCAGUUCGACUUGGGAAGUCCUCUUCAGGAAACUUGACCCUAAUCAACAAUUAUUUGCCAAUAAAACCAUUAUGGAGGUGUUGUACCAAGGAGCUUUGGGACGGUUGAACGAAAAUUCCCAUCAGAUGUUCAACGUACCUAACACAAGAUGCUCAUCAACACAUUUUUCUUAUAGUGACAACUCGUCAACAUGUUUUGAUUCAAGAACAUUGCAAAGUCGUCCGGAAUACUUAAUUUCACCGCCGCUUCUGAGUCCAACGCAAAUUAUAUCUACUCCUCAACCUCAAGUUCAGCACAUCAGACUUCAUAGAACAGUUCAGCCACAGCAAUAUCAAAAAAUUUCCAGCGUCAACAUACAACCACAGGAAACCAUAAAUACUCAACAAUACGGAAACAACACGGAAUAUCAGACAUUUACGGACUUGUUGAACGACUCUGACUAUUCAUAAGCAAACUUUUCUUUUUAUUUUUGUUAUUUUUAUUGAUUUGAAGAAAUAUUUUAUUUUUGUUUUGUUUUCCAUUUUCAUGUAAUAUACAUACAUUAUAUGCUUACUGAAAUAAAAUCUUUAAUAUACAUACAUCAUAUACUUACUGAAAUAAAAUCUUUAAGAACUUUAA